UUUUGUUUAAUAUUGUAUGAAUAAAGUCCUGUGCGGGUUGAGUCGGUGGGAAUGGCGUUAAUUUCACACUUAACUGGUUUCAAUUUUUUUCUCUCUAUUGUCACUUUAUUCUCUCUUUUCUAUUUCUCUCACCGUCGACUAAAAGCAGAAAGUGAUGCGCUGAAGAAGAAGAAGAAGAGCGAUGCGCUCACGGUGCAGUUCCGUCAGAUCCUGAAGAAGAUUGUCACCGCGAAGGAGUCCAUGGGCGACAUCAUGAAAACCUCGUCGUUCGCGCUCACCGAGGCCAAGUACGUCGCCGGCGACAAUAUCAAACACGUGCUCCUCGAGAAUGUCCGGGAAGCCUCCCUCCGCGUCCGCUUGCGCCAGGAAAAUGUCGCCGGUGUCAAGCUCCCCAAGUUCGAGUACACCUCCGACGCUGACGCCAACAAGAACGACCUCACCGGACUGGCGCGGGGCGGCCAGCAGGUGCAGCACUGUCGUGCCGCCUACAUCAAGGCCAUCGAGGUUCUCGUCGAGCUCGCCUCGCUUCAGACCUCGUUCCUCACUCUCGAUGAGGUUAUCAAGACCACGAAUCGUAGGGUUAACGCUCAGGAGAAUGUGGUGAAGCCGCGGUUGGAGAAUACGAUUAGUUACAUCAAGGGGGAGUUGGAUGAGCUCGAGAGGGAAGAUUUCUUCGGGCUGAAGAAGAUUCAGGGGUAUAAGAAGAGGGAGAUUGAGAAGCAGAUGUUGUUGAAGAAGGUUGAGUCUAAUUUAACUCUGCACAAAGCGGUUUCUUACAAUUCCUCUAAUUUGUUGGCUGUGGGUGACAAAGAUGAGGAUAUUAUCUUCUAAACGUAGUUCCAUCCGCUGCUGCUUCUGCUGGUCCGCACUUACAGGUGAAUCACUUCCAGUGACAAAGGGUCCUCGUGAUGGAGUAUACUCUGGUUCAACAUGCAAACAGGGAGAGAUUGAAGCUGUGGUUUGCUACUGUUGUGAGUAGCUUUUGUAACGGUGAGAGAAAUAGGAAAAAAAGAGAAAAAAGAUGUUAAGGAGAGGAGAGAGUAAAAAAGUGUAACAAGGAUGAAGUUAACACCGUUUCUAUUAACUUAAUAGAAAAGAACU